GGAGACAGAGACUGUAGUCUUUAUAUGCAGUCUAUGAGGGAAUCUAUGAGGGAGACUUAUUAACAAAUACAUAGACAAACUAAAUGGGUGUGGGAUCUCCAUUAUCCCACAUACUGAUGCAUAAACUCAUCCAGUGACUGCAGCAGGAUAACCUGGAAACAGCCAGAGGAAACUAGCAGCUGGUAAGUGGAGAGCAGAGUAAAGUCCAUCAUUCAGACAGUGACACAUUUAAGUUGUUUUGAAUGAAUGAAAGUGCUGACUUGGUUUUAAGUAGUUUAUUUUUUGUGUUUACAUCCAUAUUGGGAACAUACAGUGGAACAUACUUCAUGCGCAGACCCUAAAUAAAUGUACUGUUUUUUCCAUGCAUUUAUGUAAUAUAUGUGCAAAAACUAUAUGUUAACCAACAGUGCCGAUUUUCAUAUAUUAUUGAGCAAAGUGACAUAGGGAUGUAUAAAUGUAUUCUGUAUUCUGUUCUCAGUAUUCACACAUGCAUAUGUUGAUAUGGUGAUAUGUCUGAAGUAGUUGUACAAAUUGAAUAUAUAACAACAUAUUUAAGUGUAAUUUCAUAAUAUACAAUAUUAAUUAUUUGAUAUAGGAUGACAGAAUAGUAUAAGGUAUUGUGAUAUACGGUAUAAAAUUAGUACAAUGUGCAGUACUUUCAGACACUUUUAGUACUGAGUGGUACAGAAGGAAGCUGGUGUAAAUAUUCAUCUUAUAAAAUAUGAUGCAAGACUAAAUUAUCUCACUAUCAGUGUAUAAAGUAGAUAAAAUAAACCUCACCUCAACCUGCUAAAACAUAUAAAUGCUUCUUACACAUGAAUACAUCUGUAAUAAUAAUUUAAUAAUGUAAUAAAUAUAUAGACUAUAUUUGUAGUCUGUAUUACUGAUUAUAGCUUAAAACGCUGAAAGGGACCGUUAUUCAUAAUGGAUACUAAUUUUUAUACUUAAGUACAUUUUGCUGAAAACAUUUCUUCACUUUUAAUACUUAAGCAUAAUUUUGAAUGCAGUUAUUUUAUUUAUACAGUAAUUGCGUGAUUUACGUUGUUAUUGCUACUGACGUUAAAGAUCUAAGUGACUCUACCUCUGCCAGCUCCUGUCCAGUCUCCCAGUAUCUCUCCUCUCCUUUACUAUCACCUCUCUAACCCUAACCCAAGUAAUCAACAAGUUAACUACUAAUUAAUAAAAACACAAGAGUUGGUUGUAACACAUUAUGAGAAGCAAGAAAUGUAAGAACAGGUGAGUAAGAUUGAAUUAAAGAUUUAAAAAUAGAAGCUAGAGGACGAUCAGUGUUACUGACAUCAGGCUGUUUGUUUCAAUUUAGCUUCUUCACAGUUCACACUACAGAGUUUCUACUGAACUUUAUAAGAUCCAAAUAAGAAAAACAUUUGAAUUUAUGGAUUUUUUCUUCUCUCAGAUGAACAAAUAGACUAUUGAUAAGUUAAAUUAGACUUUCAAUGGAAGGAAAAUUUCCCUCCUUCUUAUUACCUUCAGUCAAAGAUGGUGAUUAAAAACAUUUUUAUCUUCAUGUAUUAUCAAAAAAACCAUUAGUUUUCCAUGUGCUGCUAAAGUGCCACUUUUUCAUUAGUUUAAUGGUCUGUGAAUGUUUCCUGUGGGUUGUUAACUCAGUAUCAACGCUUUAGGAAAAUAAAUCUAUUCCCUCUCCGCAGUUAUUACAGUGCUGCUUAUCAGUAGUCACCUGUGUAUGUGUGUUUCAUUAAUGCUUUAAUGUGGUGGAACUAAAAUGUUUUUCUUGCUCACUUUCCUGCUAUGACACAUAAUUCCUCUGAGAAAACUGUAUAAAAGCCACAUUUUCUGAAGGCAACCAACCAGGGUAAGUAGCUUAACACUUUCUCAUCGCCUGCUUUAAAGAAAUCUACAUUUUAAAGGUAAGAAACUAUUCUUAAACAAUUAAUUUUAUGUUGUUGUGCACACUUAAGCUACAUUAUAUGUUCACUUGACUUCUGUGUUAGUUAAGACAAGGACAUUAUUCUUGAUUUACUGUCAUUUAAUUUUAAAUAAAUGCCUGUUUUUGCCUCAAGGUCAUCAUGAAGGUAGUGCUGUUUGAACUUUUGGUCAUCUGCCUGCUUGGAGCUCUGCAUGCACGAGCAAAGACUGAACCUGAAGAGAUGGGUCUCGAUGAAGAGGAGCAGCACUUGGCGAGAAGAUACGCCGAGUCGACCAUUGCCAGCGAGAUGAGCAAAAUCAUGGAUUCAAUGGUGCAGAAAAACUUUGUCGACUUCUUGCUCAACCAAAAACAGAAAAAAAGCAAGCCUGCUGCUGUGGAGGAAGAUGCAGAGGAGCGUCAGUACAACGACCUGCUGAAGCUCAGUCUGCACGAGAGGCAGAGGAGAAACAUCUAGGCUCCAAUAAAGUGCAGAGAUGCUCAUGACGAGGAUUCUUCUGAUGUUCUUCUGAUGCUUCCUGACAUUUUAAAAGCUUCGAUGUG